AUGGAUGGGAACGAUACAGAACUUAUUCACAUCGCGAAACCGGAGAAAAAGUCGUUGCUCCAAAGGUACGACAUACCGGUCGAGCAUCUUUCGUACGAAUAUAUUUCUCAAUGUACAAAUGGAAAAAAGUUGGAACGUAUAGUAACUAUACUGCGGUCCGGCGAAGAAGGGUAUUAUCCCGAUUUAUUGAAACACGCGGAAGAACGGCUGGCCGCUGUUAAGCCAACGAGUAUAAUUCUAAGAAAAUGUGAACCUAUUCUAACGCGAAAUAUGUUAAAUCCAAGUGAAUCUAAAGAGAUUGAUAAAGACAUUAAACAGUGGGCGUCCGAAAUGCAGUCUCGAGAGAAAGAUUUAGCGGAAGGAAAGAGUACUGCAAUAACAGAUCCCAUUCCGCAACCGAAUGUUAGACAAUUUAAUGAAGAAUCCGUGAAAAAAAAUACAGCAACGCGAAUGAAAGAUUCUAAUAAAACAAAACGAAUCUCCUCGUGUGAUUACGCUGCAUGGGAUAAAUUCGACGUUGACACCGAAUUAAGUAAAAUUGACAUACGGGACGAACAAAAACAGAUCGAAGCUAAAAAAUUUCAACAAAAGCAAAAAGAACUUAAAGAGAAAAAGAAACUGGAUAAAGAAACUAUUAUUAACAAAUCAUCAUUAACCGGAACCGAAUUAAAUGUCAUGGCGGAACAAGAAAAAGAAAAAGGAAAUGAGGCAUUUAGAGCUGGAGACUACGAAGAAGCUCUCGAACAUUAUAAUACUAGCAUAAAAAUAGACUCAACUGUAACCGCUUAUAAUAAUCGUGCGAUGACAUUCAUCAAACUCGGUCGCCAUGAAAACGCCCUUAAAGACUGCAAUUUGGUAAUUAGCACGGAUAGUACAAAUGUAAAAGCUUUGCUCCGGCGAGCUAUAACUUUAGAGUAUCUUAAAAGAUCGUCUGAGGCGUUAUCUGAUUACGAAGUUGUUUUGAAAUUAGAGCCAACAAAUACGAGUGCAAUAGCUGGUGUGAAAAAAUUAAGGAAACCGUGCGAGUCUAGGAAAGUUAGGAUGACUAUUGUGGAGCAGAACGAAACUGAAAAUGAAAAGUCACAAAUUAAUAAUGUUGGGGAAAAUCAAAAUUACAGUAAGCAAUCUACUAAGAAAUUAGGCAUUGAAAAUAGUAUAUGUUAUUGCGACAGAGCACCAGGACCAUCGCAAUACUUGAAACCUAGACCACACUUUAGAGCAGAUUACUGCCUCGAUAACGAUAAUAGACAUAACAUAAUGAUUAAAAACGAUGUAUUAAAGAUACCAGAAUUUAAUGCUAAUCAGAAUCUUAGUUCGACGCAAGGAACUAAAAGUUCCUCUUCAUUUACGAAACCGAAAUCAAUUUUCUCUUGUCCGACACCCUCUAAACGAAACAGCACGGUUAUCAUAGAAGAAUUGCCCAACGAGACUUGCAACAAUAAUUCUGCAACAAAUAGAAAUAAGUUUAACGGAACAAGUUCAAAUAAAAAUAAUUCUAUUGGAAACACUAUAAAUAACAAUAGAACAACUGAUAAUAAGUCGAAUGUUAAAAAUUCCAAUAAAAAUAGGGGACCUAAUGUAACGUCUUCUGCAAGAAAAAUUCAAAUAGCUGAUAAAUAUGAAAAAAAGACUAGUAAACCGGAAAAACAUGUUUUAAAGAAUUAUAAUAAUAUUGGAACAGCCUAUGAGUUUAUGCGUACAUGGCGCUCGUUGAAGAAUGAUGACUUAGAAAUGCAUGCCCAGUUGCUGCGGUCUUUGAGUGUCGAUAAGUUAGGUUCAGUUUUAGGCAAUGAACUUGAUGGGAAUAUGUUCAGUAUGAUUUUGCGUUGUUUGGAGCGACAUUUUUGCACACCUAGUGACACCGAGUUACUUAAUAAUUUUUUAAAGUCAUUUAGUCAAGUGAAACGUUUCUCCAUCCUCCAUUUGUGCAUGAACACUGAGGACAAACUAGCUGUGAAAUACAUAAUCAAUUUCUUAGAAGAGCAUGGGACUUCAGAAACUUUGUCAUUGCGGCAAAUUUACUGCAUCUAA